UGUCAAAUUCCCUGAAUGUCAGCUGAACUACCCCGCGAAAUUUGAAAGUGACAAGGGAAAUCAAUCUUACAGUGGCUGCCAUGGUAACAACAGCAGGAGAACUUUCUUACCCAGAAGUCGAAGCAAUGACUGCUCCACUCAAACUGGAAGUGGGCUACUGUUUUCACAAAAACAACAGGUGGAAGGGAGAGACAAUGGAGCUGGGAUCCAUAAAAGCAAACCAUGCAAGGAGGAAUCUUUUUGGCCCUGUAGACCAUGAUCAUCUGCAGCAAGACUUCCAGAAUAUCAUGUACACCUGUAUGGAAAGGGCCAAACAAAGAUGGAACUUUGAUUUCUUGGAAGAGAUACCAACAGAAGGCUUUUUGCAGUGGGAGGAGCUUCAGAGCCAUGAGGUCCCUACUUUCUAUCACACUUGUAUGAUAGGGGAUGUUUGCAAACCCCUACAGUCUAUGAACCGAGUUGUAACCAAGGAGUCCAAACCUCACCAUAUUGGCAGUGUGUUGGAAAAACAUAUGCCUGCCCAAAAAUUGACAGGGAGGAAGACUCUGGCAGGAAAGAAGCAAAGGCAGACAUCUUUGACUGAUUAUUAUCCACCAAAGAAGCAGAUAAGAAUGGAUAUGCGAACACCUGUAAAGAAAUUGGCUUUCUAAAGUUGAGACCAUACAAUGGAUUUGCCCCUAGCUCUUUUUAAAAAGAAGCUUCAAAGAUUAUACAACCUCUGGAAAUGGUGUAUUCAAAUAGCAAAUACUUGGGCAUGUCACACUGAAGGACAUAUUUAGCAAAAUGAAAAUUAAGAGGUUUUGUAAUAACAAACUUAUUCAAAAGAAGUUAGAGCAAAUACAUAAAACUUGUUUAAAGGAUGUUAAACAACUGUUGUCAGACAAGUAAGAAACAGGCAAAUAGUAGCAGCAGUAGUACCUCAAAGGAUAUUGCUAAUCAGAAAAUGAUCAGCAUUACCAAAAAUAUUCAAAAUACUAUGUAUGAAAAAAUGAUGAACACCAUUAUAUGGUCUUGCA